AUGACGGAAAAACCUUUGGGCUUCGGCUACCAGAUCGGUGCCGGGGCUAUUGCUGGUGUCUCUGAGAUUCUCAUAAUGUACCCGCUGGAUGUAGUCAAAACGAGAGUACAGCUUCAAGGCAAAGCACCCGUCCCCGGCCAAGACUACUACACUGGCAUGUUCGAUUGCCUGCGCAAGAUUGUCAAGAAUGAAGGUCCCUCUCGGUUAUAUCGCGGCAUCGGCGCGCCCAUAAUGAUGGAGGCACCCAAGCGAGCGACGAAAUUCGCCGCGAAUGACUCGUGGGGUGUAUUUUACCGGAAUUUAUUUGGCGUGGAAAAGGCCACUCAACCCCUUGCGAUCUUGACCGGCGCGACAGCCGGCGCGACAGAGGCGUUCGUCGUGGUACCGUUCGAACUGGUCAAGAUCAGAUUACAAGAUCGCGCGUCGGCGGGCAAGUAUAGCGGAAUAAUGGACUGCGUCGUCAAGACGGUGAAGAGCGAGGGACCACUGGCGCUUUACAACGGGCUGGAGUCGACCCUGUGGCGGCACAUCCUCUGGAACGCAGGUUACUUCGGCUGUAUAUUCCAAGUGAAGUCGCUCAUGCCCAAGGUCGACAAAUCCGACCGCGUAAAGGCGAUGCUGAACGACUUCAUCUCCGGCACGAUUGGCGGCACCGUCGGUACGAUCCUGAACACGCCCAUGGACGUGGUCAAGUCGCGUAUCCAGAAUUCGCCAAAGGUCAACGGACAGGUGCCCAAGUAUAACUGGGCAUGGCCUGGUCUGGGCACGAUCAUGAAGGAGGAAGGCUUCGCCGCGCUAUACAAGGGCUUCUUGCCCAAGGUGCUAAGAUUGGGCCCUGGAGGCGGAGUGUUGCUUGUCGUGUACACUGGAGUGAUGGACUGGUUCCGAAAGAUGGGCGCUCAACCAAUCGGUUAA